UGUUAUUUUGUAUUCAUGACAGACGCUCCAAAGACCCCCUCAGUGACCGUGAGUCCCUCUGGUGAAAUAGAGGAGGGCAGUUCAGUGACUCUGAGCUGCAGCAGUGAUGCCAACCCAGCAGCUGAGUACACCUGGUUCAAGCAACAUGAAGACUCAGUGAAAGCAUCAGGACAGAACUACAUCAUCACUAAUAUCACAUCUGAGCUUGGAGGAAACUAUUACUGCCAAGCGCAUAAUGCAAUCGGACAUCAUAACUCCACAUUUCUGUUAAUUAAAGUUUGUAUUCAGGGUUUGAAAUCGACAUCACCAUCAUGGACAACAACAGUAGCUGUGAGAGGCAUUGUUGUCUUACUGGCCACCGUACUACUCCUUGUCUUCCUCUGGAUGAGAAGAACGAGGGCCUCCGGUAAAGCAUGUGGACAGGGAGGAAGGCCAGAUACUGUGGAGGAGCUACUUCCUGCUCCUGUGUAUGAAAAUGUCUCAGCUCUGACCAAUCGCUUGGCUCCUGCAGCACAGAGAGAACCAAUAGAAGAGCAGGAUGGCCACCACUGUGCCAUCAUCCACACCUCUCUCUCAGAGAACCAGGACGAGGACCAGACGGAGAUGGGAGGAACCGCAGAGUAAGCACUGUCAAAUAAACACCCCAGAGUGUGAACCAGUACCGGCAGCAGGAUUUAAAUAGUGUUACUGAGUAUAGUGUCUGAUUCAUCCAGUUGAAACAGGACAAUAGGAUGGCUGAUUGUUUGCUGAACAUCCUAAGGCUGUUUUCUACUGUUUUCCACUUCUCUAUCAUAAAUAUGGGAUCUUUGCAUUGUAUUAAUGGUAUUUAUUUGAGUAUGGUUAUCCUGUGAUUUUCAUUACCAUUAUUGCGCUACAUUAAUCAAUUGUAUAUAUAUUAAUCAAUCAACGUGAAAAUUAAAGUAUCCAAUCUCAUUGGAUCUUUGACCUUACGUGAUGCUCACAUUAACAAAAAAAUGUUUUCCAUGCCUCAUUCUGAUAUUUUUUGAUUUCAACGUUUUUUUAAU